AUGAAGAGGAUUCUAGCAUUGUUAUUGUUAUUGCUGUCGUUAUAUUACAUAACAAUAAUAGCAACAUUUUCGGUUCAACAACAACAUUUCGAAAUUAGUAUUGAAAAGCGUGCAAAAGAUUGCACCUUUUCGAACAGUACUGUAAAAACACUGUUAUUUUGCUUGAAAUAUUGUUUUAAAUUGGCAGAAUGUUUUGGAGUGAAUUAUCAUUCCGAAACGGGUUUAUGCGAACUUCUAUCCAAGAAAUUGAGUAAGAAUUUAUUAGAAGACGAUAAGAAUUACAAUGUGUAUCACAGAAAGGUUGAAUGUAACGAUACUCCAUGUAGUCAUGGUGAAUGUGCCAGUAGAGGUAUGCUAGUAACAGACUACAGAGCCUACACAUGCCAACCUUGUCCUUGUGGAUGGUGCGGAUGGAACUGUGAUAUCAUUAAUUAUGGAGUACAGAAAGAUAGUUGCAUCCCAGGAGAAACUGUCGGUUCCAAGCUAGUGAAAUCAACCAAAGAAUGUAUGGAAUUCUGUGAUGAAACUCCCGGAUGUAAAUCUGCCGAUUACCUUGAUCCCAUUCAAGAAUGCUGGUUAAAUUCGGUAGACGAAAACGAAGCAAAAGUUCAGCCAGAAUGUAAUAAGUUUUUUAAACCAAAUGAAAUUUGGACGAAAACCAUUUUUAUUUGUGAUUCUGACUGCAUUAAACUAAUUUGUUCGUGUUAUGAAUGACAGUUUUAACUAAAUGGAAAUCUUGGGUGUGUGGUAAUGUGAGGCGUCAGUACACUAAAGGUUACACCAUCAGCUUAAAUUUUGUGAUUAGGAAUUGUGCUAGAUCACAAAUAAAAUCUACUUGAUGUUAAUGAAUGUAGUCUAGUUAAUGAAGUUAGCUGAACUAGCAUGAUUGAUGAUAGGAAACAUCCUAGCUAUUUAUAAAUUAAUGAGCAUCUAGGACGUCAUGACAUGAGAAACCUUUACAAUAGAAUGUAUUGCGCAUGAUAAGAAAAUGUAUUAUGCAUCUUCGAUAGAAAUUUACAUAGGUAGUCCCUAUGGCGGCACUUCUGGUCGCCAUCUUGUUUAUUCACAAAAAAGAUGGCGACCAGUGCUAACAAUACUAUACCGGCAUUCAAAUAAAACAAAC